AUGCAAAGUCAAGUGGUUAGAAAUUGUGAUGGCCAACCCUACUGUGCAGCUGUGCCUUUUCAGUACAGGUAUGGAGGUUCUGACAGCUUGGAAAUGAACAAUGACACAGUAACAGAAUUCAUCCUUCUUGGCCUUUCAAAUGAUCCACUAACCCAAAUCUUUCUUUUUGUGUUUCUCACCACUGUUUAUAUUGUAAUCUUGCUUGGAAACACUCUCAUAAUUUUUUUAACUAUAACAGACCAAUGUCUCCAUACACCAAUGUAUUUUUUUCUUUUUAAUCUGUCUUUACUGGACAUUUUGUAUUCUACAUCAAGUCUUCCUCGCAUGUUGAAGGAUUUACUUUCAUUGCAUAAAUCCAUUUCAUUUGGAGAAUGUGCAGCCCAGAUGUAUUUUGCCCUUUCAUUUGGGAUAAGUGAAUGCAUUCUACUUGUAGUCAUGGCUUAUGAUCGCUAUAUAGCUAUAUGCUACCCCUUACAUUAUACCAGUAUUAUCAAAAAGUCUUUAUGUAUUAAGAUAGCUAUAAGUAUUUAUAUCUGUGGUUUUAUGCUAUCAAUUUCUCAUGUUGCACUUACAUUGAAUGUAAAUCUCUGUGGACAUAACAAAAUAAACCAUUUUGUAUGUGAAGUACCAGAAAUUCUUUCAUUGGGAUGUGAAAAUAUAUCAGUUGUUGAAUUUGUGAUAUAUUUAGGUGUCAUUGUGCUAUUAUUGACACCAGUAACUUUUAUUGCUAUUUCUUAUAUACAAAUUAUACUAACAAUCUUAAAUCUUGCUUCUGGUGCUGGAAAACAAAAGGCCUUCUCUACCUGCAGCUCUCACAUUAUGGUGGUUACAAUAUUUUAUGGCUCAGCUAUGGCUGCAUAUAUGAAACCAAAAUCAAGUUCCGCACCUGACAAUGACAAAAUGAUUGCAUUAUUUUACUUGUUUCUAACACCAUUGUUAAAUCCCUUUAUAUAUACAAUCAGAAAUAAAGAUGUUAAAGAGUCUCUAAAAAAGUUAGAUAGAUUCAUGUGA